AUGGCUUUGCCUACCUUUGACCGAGUCACUCGGAUCGCUUCCAUGUUCUCCUUCACCUGGAGACCACCUGAAGGCUACAUAGUGCAACCCUUCACCGAAUUUGACUCACUUGAGAUCAGCAUGCAGAGGGUUCUGCUGCAGCUUCAAGAUACCGGGGAUGGAAACCAAUGGAUUAUUCUUGUGGGCCUGCCUUCAUCAGCAAUCGAAAGGAUGAUUGACAAGUUUGACUGCCUCGGGGGCUUUCAUUACUGUUUCCAGUGGGAAGAAAGUAUCGGCUUGCUUAAGAUGGUUCCAGAGUCAUGCCACGCCGCUGCGAAUCACAUUGUUAGGGCGAUUGAUCACCAGGUCUCUUUGAGGACAAACCCACCGAGCGGGGCCCUAUGGACCUCUACUGCUAUGUACAAUUUUGAUGGCACGAAAAGCAAACAGAGCGACCAGGCCUUCCUCCCGUCGUCACGAUAUUCUCCCCAGUCACAAACCUACACCCUUGCCUCCCUCGUUAUCGAAACAGGUGUGGCCCAGUCCCUCCCUCGACUCCGAGAACAUGCAAAGUGA